AUGGUCCUGGCACGAAUAAUAUUCCUGGCCUUUUGUUUUGUGGCUACGGUAAUUCCGGGGCAGGUGGCGCAGAAAGAUACCUCAGAUCCUCUACCCCUUCCCGACAAUGAUCCAUUUGUCAUUUUUCGGCUAGAAGACUAUUUCCCAAAGCCGGACGACAAGAAGAAGCUGGAAGUUCAAAAAGUGGAGAAGUCAAGUGAAACUUCAGCGAGUCCAGAGUUCGAAGAUUUCGAUCUGUUCUUACCCACGCCUGGGGUGGCUCCAAAGUUCACCGGCGGGUUUUUGGACGGAACCAGGACGGACAAGGACUCGAAAGUGGGCUUUGAUGUUGGACCUAUCACCAAUCCGACCGCAUACUUUUUGGAGGGAGCAGAUUUGGGAAAGAUUUCCCCUCAAAAAUGCCGACUAGAGGACUGCGAGGGCCCGAUGGUGGAUGACGGAUCGGCGCAAAUUUCGGGAAAUGGAGGGCAAGAGGGAAAUGAGGGAUGCUCGCAGGUGAUGAUCCCGUUGAACGGAUGUCUCGAUGGCAAGGGAUAUCCCGUUGGGAUGGUUUGUAGGGUGUGCUGUGAGUGUGGAGCGGAUUUUCGCAUCGAGAUGGCAAAAAGCCGAGGGUUUGGCAUGGAUUUUGGUGCAAAA